CACACACACACACACACACACACACACACACACACACGGGCCCGGCCUAUCAGUGUCCGACCCCCCGUCCGCUGCCUCGGAGCCAAUCACCCGCGGCCGCUGGAAGUAGGACAUGCCGCUUCCUGGUUGCGGGUUUAAGGAGGAGCCGCCAGAGUCUGUCAGGAGCGGAUCAGAACCAGCAAACCGGCGCGAGACCACCGACAACACACACACACACACACACACACACACACACACACACACAGCCGUAGGAUCAGUCGCUACCGGACACCAAACCGGGAGUCGGUGCCGUGCGCGCGGGUGCGUCACAUACAGGAAGUGCGCGAGCCGGUGGUCAGGUGGGACGCGCCGCGGCGGGGGAAACUCAGGUGACAGCAGCUCAGGAGGCGAUGUCUCCAGGAGAGGACGGUCUAAUCGGGAUCCCCUUCCCGGAGCACAGCAAUGAGCUCCUGUCCCGUCUUAAUGCUCAACGCCGGUCAGGGCUGCUCUGUGACCUCACGCUGACUUCACGUGGUGCGCGAUACCCAACGCACCGGUCUGUCAUGGCCGCAGUCAGUCUUUACUUCCGUCGUCUGUUUGGGGCAGACGAAGACGAGGAGGGAGGCGAGGGUGUGGGUGACAGCUGUAGCGUUUGCCAGCUGGACUGCGUGUCACCGGACGCGCUGGCGGCACUGCUGGAGUUCGCUUACACUGCGACGCUGACAAUUCGCAGCUCAGGCAUGAGGGAGGUUCUGAAGGGUGCGCAGCUGCUGGGUAUUCAGUGCGUGGCUGACGCCUGCAGAGACAUCCUGGGUGAGUCGGGUGACGUAGAGGAGGCAGCGCGCCUGCCAUCUCGCCGCAAACAGGACCGUUGCUCCGUUGCCAGAGCGUUGUCCCCUGUGAAACUAGCGUGGCGGAGUUCCCAACCCGAAAUGUCACCGAAGUCUAAGGACACGCCCGAGCACGGGCUGCUUCCCACUCAAGGACGAGAAGGACAAGACCGAGAUGCACGUGCGGGCCACCGAGAGGUGCUAAUGAACGGAGGUAAACACUGGCUGCAAGAGUCAACCCCGAUCCCUCACCGCCCUGACGACACCCCAUCAGAGGAGGAGGAGUCAUGUGUGAAAGGUCAGGCCACACCCCUCAACAGUCAAUCACAAGCAAAUGGAGCAGGGGGCGGAACUACAGUGGGAGGCGGCAGGAAGAGGAAGUCUCAGAUGCCACAGCAGUGUCCAGUCUGUCAGAAAAUCAUCCAUGGGGCGGGAAAGCUGCCGCGGCACAUGAGAACACACACGGGAGAGAAGCCAUUCCAGUGCAAGGACUGCGGCGUCCGUUUCACACGGAACGACAAGCUGAAGAUCCACAUGCGUAAACACACGGGUGAGCGGCCGUACCUGUGUCCCAGCUGCCCCGCCCGCUUCCUGCACUCCUACAAUCUGAAGAACCAUCUGUCGCUGCACAGUGGAGAUCGUCCUUUCGAGUGCCCGCUUUGCCACAAGGCCUUCGCCCGUGAGGACCAUCUGCAGCGCCACAGAAAUGGCCACAGCUGUCUGGAGCACCGAACCCGUCGGCCGCGGCAUGGAACAGGGCCAGAACACGGAGCCUCUCCACCUUCUGAUUCAUUCAGCCUUCAUCAGCAUCCCGAUCACAUGAGCGCAGUUGCAGCUGCGCAUCUCCUGUACCCACCAGACCCCGAUGGCCACAGCAUGCCAGUGCAGGGUGUGCCACUGCUGGGGGCGGCCAGGAUGCCCUACCCUGAGCUGCUGUGGCGGGUGAUUGGGGGGGCAGCGGUCAAAGUGCUGGAUAAAGGUGAGGAAGGCUCGUCUCCGCAUGGCAACACGCCAGUUACACAUGGUACAUGGGAGGAUGAAGAUGAGGAUGUCGGCAGGAAGGAGGAAGAGUGAUAACGCUGGUGUGUGUGAGAGUGUGUGUGAGUGUGUGUGUGUUUGUGUGAGAGUGUGUGUGCUUGUGUGUGUGUGUGCGCACGCGCCUGUGUGCAUGUGUGUGCGUGCGUGCGCGUGUGUUUGUGCGCGUGUGUGUUUGUGUGCGUGCGCGCGUGUAUGUGUGUGUUUGUGCACGUGUGUUUGUGUGCAUGCGCGCGUAUGUAUGUGUGUUUGUGCGCGUGUGUGUGUGUGUGUUUGUGCGCGUG